UUUUUUUUUUUUAUUAGAGCUUGUAAACUAAUUUCAAACCUUUUUUAAAUGUGACAUCAACAUUUUUAAAUUCUGCCAAUAUAUGAUAAAACACGAAUAUUUUAUUUUUUCUAUAAUAAUGACAAAAAGACUUUACUGAAUUGUUUUAAAAGUAACCGGAAGAAACAAUAAUUAAUUAUACAAUUAUUAUGUUUAAAUGUAUUUCAUUAAUCAAAAACACAUUUUCACAAAGUCCUGCAAUAAUUUCGAUUAUAACCGAAAUGCUCCAGAACAGGGUGUUGUUACUGUUAUCUUAGAAUUUGGCUUGGCAUCUUUUGGAUACAUGGAGGUGUGUCUUGGAUUUGAUGUUGGGUGGGGUUUUAUUCAAAGAAAUUAAGUGAACCAUCACAGUUGUUUUUCUGCAUUAGCUUUCCUGCUUGGAUGCCGUGCGGAAACAGCAGCAAUUAGUCUCUCUGGAUGAGCUUUCUGGGAUGAAGCAGCCUCGAGGGCUGACGAGAUUGGAGCUGUGGCUAUGGGCAGGUUAGCCAUCUUAAUUUUUCCUUUUGCUUUUUUUUUUUUUUUUUUUUCUUUCUCUCUUGUGCAUGUUUUGAAUGAUGCUUGUGGCAUACCCCCAGACCAAGACCUACUUUUCCCACUGGUCUGACCUGAGCCCCGACUCUGCUCAGGUAGAGAAGCAUGGCGCCACCAUCAUGGCUGCCAUUGGAGAGGCCAUUUCAAAGAUUCACGACCUCGUCGUUGCUUUGUCCAAACUGAGCGGGCUGCAUGCCUUCAAGCUCCGAGUGGACCCUGUCAACUUCAAGAUCCUGGCUCACAACAUCAUCCUGGUCUUGGCCACGUACUAUCCUGCAGACUUUCCAGAGGUCCACGUCUCCGUUGACAAGUUCCUCAAUAAUCGCCUGGCUCUGGCUGAGAGAUUGUUAAGUCCCAGCAGGACUUCAGAGGACCAGCUGUGUGUUAUCCAGCGCAUAUGUAUCACCCUCUCUAAAUGGAAGAACUUGGCCAAUAAAAAAUAA